CACUAAAUGAACGACCGUCUGGCAACGCCGGCAGCUGUGGAAUUAUUUAUCUCCCGAUUCAGUCACGAAAACAAUAAACAACAAAGGGACUCCCACAGAUAAGGAGUUGUAUUUUCAGAGCCACACCUCCGAGAUGUCAACGGCGUCGCGACCUCCGUCUUUGCGGCUGGGCCAGCAGGACCUUAAGUGCCGUUCAGGAUGCGGGUUUUACGGAACCCCCCAAAACGAAGGGUUGUGCUCGAUGUGCUUCCGAGAAAAGUUUAAUGAUAAGCAGCGGAAAUUGAAGCAGAAGGCUGGCGAGACGGGUCCUGGAUCCUCUUCCUCGAUCGCCACCUUGGAUCGCCGAUCGCCACAGCAUGCGCACCUCCAGGGAAAAGUGGAGCAGCAGGUCAGGAAGCCGUCGGAGCAGGACCACUUGGGAACCCUGCAAAAGAAAAAGUUUACCGCGGUGCUGCAAAAAACUCUGCAGGCGGGAGCCCAAAAAAUUACCCAACAGCGUGGUCAUGUGCCCGAUCCCACGGAGGGCCAGUUCCUACUGCAAUUGCGGCAACUUCGCAUUCCCGACGAUGGCAAGCGGAAACUCAAGCUUGAAAUCCAGCGUUUGGACAGCGACAUCCGCAAGUACAUGAACGGAAAUGGCGGCAAAAACAUCAAUGAACUAUCAGAUUUGGUUCAAAACGCCUACACCAAAGUCUCAGACAUUGUGCACAACGAUCCCAGCUUCGAGAUAGCCACCAACGAGGAUCGCGAUAGUGCCAUUGACUUCUUUGAGAAGGUGGUGAUGACGCAGAACCACAAAUUUCUCUUCAGUCCCUAUUUCACUACCGAUGAGGACAGUGACGUGAAGGUGCAGAAGCGCAUACGCCAGCUGAGCUGGAUUACGGCCAAGCAUCUGGACUGCAGCAUCGACGAGGUCAACUCGGAGGCCAGGGAUCUGGUAUACAAUGCUAUAUCCGAGCUGGUGGGCAUAGAUUCGUACUAUUCGCCGCAGGAGAAACUGCAGUGCACUUGGCGCUGCUGCAGGCACAUCUUUGAGCUCCUGAAGCGGGCAACUGGGGGACCCGCCAGUGCGGAUGACUUCCUACCCGCCCUGAUAUUCGUCGUGCUCAAGGCCAAUCCAGUGCGACUGCACAGCAACAUCAACUUCGUUACGCGCUUCACAAACGCUUCGCGGGUGAUGAGCGGCGAGAGUGGCUACUACUUUACCAAUCUGUGCUCCGCCAUUGCCUUCAUAGAGAAUCUGAAUGGCGAGAGUCUGGGCGUCAGCAGCGAAGAGUUCGAGGCUCUGAUGUCUGGACAGCAGCCCUACAGCACGCCCUGGGAAAGUGCCCUGUUGGCCUGCGAGAGCCUUCACCUGAUAUCCGAGAACAUGAAGCGAAUGGAGAUGCUGCAGAAAAGGAACGCGCUGAUUAGCUCUGGAAUUACUUCAUUUGAAAAAGAGCUUAUCGACUUCCAAAGGGAGGUGACGGAACGAGUGGACACCGUGAUUGCCAAGGCCCCACUCAACCUGCUUCCCAUCAAAACACCCGCUUUUCUGAUUGGUCAAGCCAGGGCUCACCUCCUCAACGAAAGCGAGGCUGGUCAUUAUCAAGCGAAUAUGCUGCACGGCGGCUCAUUGACCUCCCAGUCGCUGACUGCAGCUGGUGGCUUGGCAAAGCCCGCAGCGGCGUCUGAAGAAUCGGGAUUGUCCCUUAAGGACACCAGCAUAAGUUCGAUGGGCCGUCUGUCGCCACUUCAGCAGAACGUUCAGCCAGCCGACCACCUCUUCGCCUCUCCAAUCUUUAACUACACCGCGUUUGAUGCCGUCUCGCUCUUGGAGGAGCCCGUGCCCGUGGCAAACACAGACUCGCUCAUGCUGGGCUCCGAGUUUCAAGGAGGCCUGACCAAUAUCAACUACGACUUCGACUUGUCGGAUCAGAGUGGCGAGAACAGCACAGCGGACGAGUCAAAGCUAAAUCUCGACGAAUUCGACCCCUUGGCGCAGAAGGGCCCAGUUGCCCAGCCACCGCCGCCUCUGCCGGAGACCAGUCUGCUGGAUAGCACCACGGAUAGCCUUAUAGAUAGCGAAGUGCCCGGCACAGCUGUCCUGCUUCCUUCCCCUCUGAAGCCCGAGGUGUCAAACUACCGGGGCUUCUCGAACUUCGAUAUUCCCAGCAUCUCGUGCAACACGGGGGACUUUAGUUCUCUGGGACAGGACGGCGCGGAUGCUCCCAAGUAAUCGCUUGUGUACUGGGUCGCUGAAUCCUGCAGCUGCGCGAAUGUAAAAAGAUUUAAGUGAAAUAUUGUAGUUAGCCCAACGCUUCAAUUUAAAUUUCUGCACAUAUUUAUUUGUACCAUAUUUAACUAGCUUUAAAAAAAGGACGUUUAAUAAAUGCAAUCUAACACAUACA